AUGAGAGAGAGGAAGAGAAACAGAGACCCUUCAAAGAGAGACACCCGGGCCUCAGAGCAGCCUGGCUUGGCUGCGCUACACACUCUGAUGAUGCGUGAACACAACAGAGUGGCCGGGGAACUGAAGCGCCUCAACAAACACUGGAAUGAUGAGCAGCUCUUCCAAAAUGCCCGGCGUAUCGUGACGGCCAUCAACCAGCAUGUCACGUACAAUGAGUGGCUGCCAAGGGUGCUGGGGUGGAACGCUGUUAAUCUGUAUGAGCUUAACUUGCUGCCUGAGGGCUAUUCUGAAGAUUACGAUGCAUACUGCAACCCAACAGUGCUCAAUGAAUUUGGCAUAGCCUUCCGCUUUGGCCACUCUCUACUCAAGCCUUCCCUGGAGCGCAUGGACGGAAUAUUUGCCAAGCGCAACCCUCCUGUCAAGCUGAGCGAACACUUCUUCAACCCAGACCUACUCUACCAGCCUGGGAUGCUUGAUGAGAUCAUCCGCGGCCUGACUACUGUGUCCAUGGAGACACUGGACCAGUUCUUGACAGAUGAGGUGACCAACCAUCUCUUUGAAGACAAGCGGCAGCCAUUCUCUGGCCUGGACCUGGCUGCCCUCAACAUCCAGCGAGGCAGAGACCAUGGACUGCAGCCUUACAAUGAGUACAGGGCCCUCUGUAACCUGACCAGGGCGAGGUCGUUUGAUGACCUGCACAGGGAGAUAGCGAGGCCGGUGAUCGAGCGAAUGAAACGGACGUACGCACACGUGGAUGACAUAGAUCUGUUCACUGGUGGAUUGAUUGAGACGCCGCUGCACGGUGGACUGGUCGGUCCCACGUUCGGCUGCAUCCUCGGCAUUCAGUUCAGGAACCUCCGCUGCUGUGACCGGUUCUGGUAUGAGAAUGCUGACCCACUUGUGCGCUUCACCGACCCUCAGCUCACUGAAAUAAGAAAGGUGACACUGGCCAAGCUUCUGUGUGACAAUUGUGACAAUGUGGAAAGUGAACAGCGGUCUGUCUUUGACCUUCCAGACCCCUUCCUGAACCCCCGAGUGUCAUGUCGCGACCUCCCCGGGGUGAACCUUGAGCUGUGGAAAGAGGAGCACGAAGAAGAGGAAGACCUACAUAGGAUCAGAUGGAAGGACCAUGUCAAUGAAGACACAAGAGACAAAGGAUUAGAUGAAAGAAUGCCUCAAAGCAGAAACAUCUGAAGAAGACUUUUGUAAAGAGCAAUCCCAAAUAGAAAUUAGGGUGGGAAGAAGCAGCGUUGGCACUCACCACAUUGGUAACAUAGAUGCCCAGGAGUGUUCGUCGUGCUGGCCGUUCCACUAGGAUGGCCAUGAGGCUGCCAAUGAACCCUGGCACAAAGGAGACUGUGAAAAAGUUGAAGUGCUGCAGAAUGUGUCUGUGGGAGUAAACAACAAACACAUCAUUAACAAUUAAACAAUUUGACAUUUCAUAGAGGUGACUCAAUUUCAGCUACCGUAUUUGAUAGCUUAUAAGACACACCUUAAAAAAGUCUCAGAAAAUUAGCCAGCGUCUUAUAAGGCCAAGGUUCAGCUCUGGGGCAGUGGCUAGUAGUAAGUCUAUGGCAACAGUGGCCCUUAAAUCAAACCACAAACAUCUUCACACAUGUAAACAAAGUGAUGAUCAUUUCUAAAUCUCAAAAACAACUCUUUUUUUUGUAAGGUAACAAUGUAUAACAGAUCAUACUUAAUGGUAAUUCACAUAAAAUAACACCAGUCAGAAAGAAAUUAAGUGACUAUGCUUACGUUGUUUGUACCAAAACAAAUUCACCAUUAGUUAAACAUCAAACCUGGCAACACAUGCAAGGUUCACUGCGUUCCUUAGGUAAGAUACACCUUCAUACAACAGAAAUUAUGCCUAUCUUUUAACAUUUUUAUCUCGCAUGUGUGUUCAACAAAACUUGAAGCUAAUGAGAAACUAUAUUUUUUUCAGAAAACCUAACAUAACAAAAGAUUUUAUAAGUGAAAAGAGAGUCACAAAGUAGGGUGACUCAUGGUGAUGGUCUGCACAAUAAUCAUGCAAUACAGUUUAUGCAAUAGUGUUUAAAAUUUCCAGAUUCCAUUUCCCCAACAUAAUGGGGUCACAGAAACAACGUGUACACAAUGGCGUAUAAGUUACAAAAUUAUAAAAUUUCCCAAGGAAAAAUAUUGGAAUCUAAUAAGGAUCUGAAUACAUAUGAGAGGGCAUCAAAUGUCAGGUUAAAUCCUUCACUUCAUAUACAGAGCUUAAACCCAUUUAUUUAUCUUUUUUUUUUUUUUUCAAUGCCUGCCCAAACUGAGAUGCAUCUUAUAACCCCAUAUGUCUUAUAAACUGUCAAAUACAGUAUUUUCUAUUUUACAGUAUUUUAUCUUGUUCCAACAGGAAAAUACUAAUUUUACAGUAUUUUAUCUUGUUCCAACUGGAAAAUACUAAUUUUUUUGUCAUUUUAUAUGCUAAUGAUGAAGUGCUUCAAUGGCUGUCCUUCAUCAAUAUCCUAUGGUCACCUCCUCUCUCCAAACUAACCAACAAGAACUCAUGCACUAUACUUGGUUUGUGUAGUAACAAGAAUUGUGGGAGCUGAUCACAACACACUAUGACCACUGACUACUUAAAUGUGUAUUCAUUCACAUAAACUAUACUAUAUCUUAA